CAAAUACAGCUUCGUCGAAUCUUUCCAAAACAGUCAGAAAUGCAUCCAGCAGCCCUCCACGUCUCUUCUCGUCCCCUUCUUAUCGGCCCCGACGCACCGGAGUCACCGUAUCCUAUCCGCGUCGAGGGCGAGGUGAUCAAAGGCUUUGGCCGUGGUUCGAAGGAGUUGGGUAUCCCGACAGCGAACUUGCCGGAACAUGCGAUCGCCUCAGUCUUGGAACAUGCCGAGAGUGGAGUCUACUACGGCUGGGCAAAGAUCAUCCCCAAGGACGAGGCAGCCGUUGCGCAACCAGUCUACCCGAUGGUCCUGAGUCUGGGUUUUAACCCCUACUAUAACAACACCGUCCGCUCUCUUGAGGUCCACGUCCUUCAUAAAUUCCCCCAAGACUUUUACGGAUCGACGCUCAAGAUCGUCAUACUGGGUUUCAUUCGUCCGGAGCAGAAUUAUCCAUCAUUAGAAGCGCUGAUUGAUGAUAUCAACUUCGAUGGAAAGGUGGCACAGAAGUGCCUGGAGAGACCGGCGUAUGCGGUGUUGAAGGAUGAUGAGUUCUUUGCGGCUCAGCCGAAGUUGGGAGCAUGAGUCACGUACGAGAUCAGCGAUGAGAGAGCAUAGAUGUGUGAGAGCGGAGACAGUGGUCCAACAUAUACCCUAGACGAGAGAGCGAGCGCUAAAGUCUUUUCU